AUGACUUCUACAUCUGAGUGUAUUACCUGGUUUGCCGUAUUCGUAACUGGGUCAGUUAUCAUCGCAUCAGUCAACCUUCUUACAAUUAUUGUUUUUCUAAAGAACAGAAAUCUUCGCACUCGUGCCAUGUACUUGGUUAUAAACCUGACCCUGGCUGACAUGUUGGUUGGUCUUCUUUCCGGAAGUCUUUCUCCAUCGAUUUCCUUGCGAUUUUCUUGUGACUUUCUAAAUGUGACAUUAUAUUCUUUGGAUUUGUUUUAUUUUCUCGUUCCUUUUUCACCUCUUGUCUCCGUGACAAAUAUUACUGUGAUCUCUUUAGAGCGGAUGCAUGCCACAUUUCGUCCAUUCAAGCAUCGUGUUAUCACAAAAUGGGUCUACGGGGUAGCAAUUACUGCUGUCUGGAUUUUUCCUGCGAUGGUGCUAAGUGUGGCAAUUUUCCGCUUAAAUUUCGGUUCCCCAAACAAGAUUAUUAUCCUCUGGCCAAUAUACUACUGUUUUUGUCUGUUUGUUAUCUGUGUUUCGUACGCUUGUAUUUCUAUUAAAUUUUUGUGUGGAGCAUAUCCCCAGCACCAUGGUGCAGUGAAUAGACAAAGAAAACUGACUGUAACAUUGUUCAUAAUGACUACUGUAUCUUUACUAUUGUCUCUUCCACUUGUUUUGCAUCUUUUUGUUCUUUAUGCCACCAAUAGUACCCAUAUCUUUACCUCACCUCCUUUUGCAUAUUCCUCGGUGGUUUUGGUUGGUGUAAACUCUUUUGUUAAUCCCAUUCUAUACUCUGUUAGAAUUCCAGAGUUCAAACAGGCUCUAAUCUCGAUAUUUAGACGUCGACAAAAUGAAAAUGUUGACAUUCCUCUUUAA